GAAGUGCCACCACUGUCUAAAUGAGCCAGGCUUUGGGCGUUGUUUUCAUAGCUGCAUAGUGAAUGAAAUUUACCAGUUUCACAGCUCUGGAAAGCGAAUACAUUUGAAUGGGACUUGUGCCAAUCUCAGUUACCUCCAAUCGUGCUCAGAUGACAUUUGAGCCUUGUGCAGCAGGCUAUUGACCGCUUUUUCAAGUACCACACCCCUAAAAGACUAUGUCAACAAUCGAAGAGGAACGCAAGGCAUACGAAAAGAAUCCCUACUUCACCGGCCACAUUUACGGCGACUUUUCGCCGUUUUAUGUGACUAUUGCCAUUUGCACAGUUGUCCUGGGCACGAUCAUCAUACUAAAUAUCAUCCUCGGCUGCUGCUCCAAGCACCGCAAGUACUGGCAGGACAGACACACCGGAAACCGCUGGUUGGUCUCCAUUUGGUCUGCCACACCCCAUAACCAACCGCCACUGGACUUCACCGAGCUAAAAGACGCUUCCUAUUUCCAGGGUAUUCAUCCCACAACCCAUCAGCAAGUGUUUCCCGACGACGUUGUGAUUGGCGUUGACGACUUAGAACCCGUACACUCGGCUCAUCAUCAUCACCAGCAGCAGCACCAGCGUCCUCCACGUCCAGAGGGCCGCACUCUGCACCAGCAACGCCAACGUGAAGAAUACGUGGAGCUGCAGAAGCGCGAAAGCGAUAUCUAA